AUGUCUUCGGUGUCGCUGGCAGCAUCGCCCUUCUCUCCUAGUCGCUCAAUUCCUCGGCCUUCCUCGGUCAAUUCUGUACGCUCAGCGCGAGCGAACAGCCCUGCUCUGUCUAUAUCGCCUGAUGAUCCCAUUGCUAUAAGGAAUCAUAUGUCCACACUGAAACAUACUAUAAGACACCAGCAAGCACAGUUAACCCAUCUGGAAACCCUCCUUCAGCGAGCGCCACGGCUUCCGACUACUUCAUCCAUGUAUUCGCCACCACCUUCUCCUGUAGAAUCCUUGUCAUCGCAGACAUACACCCCAAAUACUCCCACCAGCGCCAAGAUGAAGCGGCGAUCAAGCCAUGACAUCUUGCAGAGUCUCGCCGGACCAGAUUCCAAUAUACCAUUGCCCCGACGCGAGUCUGUCACAUCUUCUUCUUUCAGCGACGGUAUUCGUGAGGGCAUACCCAUGACCUUUGGCACCGGUCGAUCGACUCCAUCGUACAAGCGGACUCCGAGUCCGACGCGAACACUCAUAUCGUCUGACGGUGCACCCGCAGGAAAUGCACGAGCGCUAGCAGAUGAGGGCCUUGCGCCCUCUCGUCUCCCCCAGCUCGCUUCAAUUGACCUGACAGCGUCGACUUCAUCGACAAUCAGCCUUCAGCCGCCUUCUCCCGGCAGAACUCGCGUGACACUGACACCGGGUGGGACAUCAAAAGUACUCGCAGAGUUGCAGACGGUGGCUACCUCUACAAAAGCCGCACAUGAGAACACGAAGGCCCAGUUGAGAUUAUCACAGCGGACCGUUUCACAGUUGACGAGACAAACAGAGGAUCUGAAAGAGGUCCGAGAGCGCUUGCGGCUGGAAAAUGAGGGGUUGAACAACGUCGUUGCGAGGAAGGAGCGGUUACUGCAGGAGGUUUUGGAACGGGCGCGCAAGGCGGAGGCCGAAGCCACAGCUUUGAAAUCUCAGUUCAAGACGGAAUCUGUGACGACGAAGAAGUCUCUGCGGGAGAUGGAAACGGCAUUAGCGGAGUCAACAGCGCUUUCAUCGAAGAGCGAACGCGAGUAUAUCACGCUUCGGGAUAGUCUGCGGGACAUGAAGGCGAGCUGGCGGGCCGACAUGGAUACCCUGAGGGAGGAAAUGCGGAAACGUGAAGAGCGAUGGCGGAAGGAUGAGGAGGAGCUAGGAACGAAGUAUAGACGGCUAUUAGAGGAGGUCCAAGAGCAAAGGCAAAGUCGAGAGACUAUCAAGGACCUGAAGGAGAGGAGCGAAAAGAUUCACGCGGAGGUUGAGGAGGGUUUCCGUGAGGAGAUUGCGAAUUUGAGAGCAGAGAUUGAAACUUCAUCUAGGGCACAUGAGAAAGCUGCAAAGACCGCUGAACAUCUAUCGGGUGAACUAACCCGACUGCGUAGAUUGAUGCAGUCUGUGGGCCGUCCCCUUACUCCCGAUGCACCUCCAUAA